AUGAAUCGCGGCGUCUCCAACGUGAAAACUAGUAAAAGUCGGCGCCCCGGUACCACACGCGCCGUGUCCCACGGGGGCGCUGGCAAGUCUGUUCGCACAAAGCCCCGGCCCAUCUCGCAAAUCCCAUGGGGAACGGCGGCGACAAGCGCACUUGAGGCUGGGGCAGUGGCUGCGAUCAAGGCUAGUCACGGGCCUGGUGGGCUAUCUCAGAAGGGCGCCAAGGUUGUGACUGCAGCACUGGGUGCGGCUCUCGUCGACACAUUCCUCUCCAAGAAGAUGCCCAAGAAGAAGGGCGGCAUUCGCCACGCUGCUAUGCGCGAGGCCACGGAAGCUGCUCUCGGCAAUUUUGUCGUCGGCCCCAUCGCCGCCGGUGGUGGUGGCAGGAGACGCAGAUGA